UUCAAUUUCUGGCAUGCAAUCAUUGAUCGAACUCAGCCACGAUUUCAUCAGAAUUCAAAACUGAUUGUAGUCGAGGGGAACGUCGGAUCUGACAAGACCACAACUGCACGUGAAUUGGCCGAACAACUUGGAUUUUAUUUCAUGCCAGAGUUCAAAAUGGAGCAUAUUUUGAUUGAUCGUUACGGUAAUGACAUGCGAAACUUCUACCAUCUUUUCCCAAAACGCUUCCGUAUCCCCGAUAUGCAAAUGUUUUACGAAGAUCCAAUGUCGGACAUGACUGCUGUGAUGCGUGAUCGAAUAUUCAAUUGUCGUUUCGAUCAGUAUUUGAAUGCAAUCGCUCAUAUUCUGAACACAGGUGAUUGA